GGGGGAAAAAGGUUGGUUUUUUCAAGAACUAUUGCCACAAUGUGGAUCCAAGUGCGCACCAUGGAUGGGAAGGAAACGCAUCGAGUGGAUUCUCUUUCCAAGCUCACCAAGGUGGAAGAUCUCAGGCAGAAGAUAUAUGAAGUAUUCCAGGUGGCACCUGAUAGACAGAGGCUUUUCUACAGGGGCAAACAGAUGGAAGAUGGUCACUCCCUGUUUGAUUACAGUGUUGGCUUGAAUGACAUUGUUCAACUGCUGGUAAGGCAAAGCCCUGCCCUCCUGCCUCUGGCUAACAAAGAAAAAGACCCUGAACUUUCGGACACGGACUCUGGCUGCAGCUCAGGCCAGAGCGACUCUGAUAAAAGCUCCAAUAAUGGGGAAGGGGCUGUGGAGAUGGAGGCGCAGCCCAGCACAGCGACUCAGGCUGACUUGAUGGACCCAGGCUUUGGAUUCUACAAGAUCAAUGAGCUGGUGGAUGCCCGGGACACGAGCAUGGGGGCCUGGUUUGAAGCUCAAGUUGUCAAUGUGACCCUGAAGGGAAAGUCAGCCAGCAAGGAGUGCGAUGAAGAACCUGAGCUGCAAGAAGCUGUCCUUGAGGAGGACAUAAUAUAUCAUGUGAAAUAUGAAGACUAUCCAGAGAAUGGUGUCAUCCAGUUGAGCUCCAAAGAUGUGCGUGCCCGGGCCAGGACAAUCUUGAAGUGGGAGGAGCUAGAAAUAGGAGACAUUGUUAUGCUGAAUUACAAUCCUGAUGAUCCAAAGGAAAGAGGAUUUUGGUACGAUGCAGAGAUCCUACAUAAACGAGAAACCAGGACUUACAAGGAAUUAUAUGCUAAGAUUGUUCUCGGGGAUGCUGGGGAUACCUUAAACGACUGCCGAAUCACGCUUGUGGAGGAAAUCUACAAGAUUGAAGAGCCCGGGUGUGCCAUUCCCCUUACUGCUGAAAGUCCUAUAAAAAGGCAGAGCGGGCCAGUGUGUAAACAGUGUAAAGACAACCCCAACAAAACUUGCCGGAUAUGUGCCUGUCACGUGUGUGGUGGGAAAGAGGCUCCCGAGAAACAGCUCAUGUGUGACGAGUGUGACAUGGCUUUCCACAUCUACUGUCUGAACCCUCCGCUUAGCUGCAUACCUGAGGAGGAGGACUGGUAUUGCCCAGAAUGCCGCAAUGAUGCGAGCGAGGUAGUGCUGGCUGGUGAGAAGCUCAAAAAAAGCAAGAAGAAAUCUAAGAUGGCAUCUGCUAACUCCUCCUCUCAGCGGGACUGGGGCAAGGGCAUGGCAUGUGUGGGCCGCACUAGGGAAUGCACCAUUGUUCCAUCAAACCAUUAUGGACCAAUCCCCGGGAUUCUAGUUGGGACCAUGUGGAAGUUUAGAGUCCAGGUGAGCGAGUCUGGUGUCCACCGGCCCCAUGUUGCAGGUAUUCAUGGCAGGAGCAAUGACGGAGCCUAUUCUUUGGUCUUGGCAGGAGGCUAUGAGGAUGACGUGGAUCACGGGAAUUCAUUCACCUACACGGGAAGCGGAGGGCGGGACCUCUCUGGAAACAAACGCACGGCAGAACAGUCUUGCGAUCAAAAGCUCACAAACAUGAACAGGGCUUUGGCUCUGAACUGUAGUGCUCCGAUCAACGAUAAAGAUGGUGCAGAGGCUAAGGACUGGAGAGCUGGAAAGCCAGUCAGAGUGGUACGGAAUAUGAAGGGGGGCAGGCACAGCAAGUACGCCCCCAAGGAUGGGAACCGAUAUGAUGGCAUCUACAAGGUGGCAAAAUACUGGCCUGAAACAGGGAAAUCUGGCUUCUUAGUGUGGCGCUACCUUCUCAGGAGAGAUGAUGAGGAGCCAGCCCCUUGGACCAAGGAAGGGAAGGAGAGGGUGAAAAAACAUGGUCUCACAAUGCAGUAUCCUGAAGGGUAUCUGGAAGCUGUUGCUAAUAAACAUAAAGAAAAUCGCAAGAAAAGAGAGCAGGUUCAAACUACAGGAAAAGGGAAGAGGAAAAGAAAAUCUGGGACUGAUACAGAUCACUCACUCUCUCCUGCUGGCACAUCGAAGAGGAUUAAAGUGGCAGUCUACAAGCUCACACCCCAGCAGAAAUCACUUAUCAAAGAGGAUGAAGCCAAUGCGAAGCUGUGGAAUGAAGCACUGGAAGCCCUUAAAGAUGGGCCAAAGUUCCUGAACAAGGUGGAAGAAACCUUCCUGUGCAUUUGCUGUCAGGAGGUGGUGUUUCGGCCAAUCACGACUGUGUGCCAGCACAACGUGUGUAAAGCUUGUCUGGAUCGAUCUUUCCGAGCAGAAGUAUACAGCUGCCCUACUUGCCGCUACGACCUUGGCAAAAACUACACGAUGCAAGUGAACCAGCGCCUGCAGAGUCUCCUAAAUCAGCUCUUCCCAGGCUAUGGAAAUGGACGGUGAUCCCCAAAAGCACUUCUAAUUUCCUUAAAAUGUUUUGUCCCCUGAAAAACCUUUAUGGGGUUUUGGUGGGGCUUUAUUUAAAUAAAUAGC